AUGAAACUAUCAAUAAUGAAUAACAGUGAGAAUUUACACGAAAUAACUGAAGGUUCAGCAGUUAUUAAAACUAGGGGAGACGUGUUUUACAAUCCAGUUCAAGAAUUUAAUAGAGAUUUAAGCAUUACGGUGAUCUCGGCGUUCGCCAAACAACUUCACAAUGAGAAAUUAUCGAAAAAUCCAAAAUUACAAGCCGAAGGAAGCGAUUCCUGGCAAGCAGGAACCAAAUGCGACAACGGCUUGUACAUAUUAGAAGCCCUAUCUGCUACAGGCUUAAGAAGCAUCAGAUAUGCUAAAGAAAUACCCGGUGUCAGAGAAAUCAUUGCAAACGAUCUCCAAUUAAAAGCAGUCGAAGACAUUGGAAAUAACAUUAAAAAUAACAAAGUUGAACAUUUAGUUACUCCAAGUCACAGCGAUGCAGUAAUGCUGAUGUACCAACACAAGCAGAACCGAUUUAAUGUUAUUGAUCUCGAUCCAUACGGUUGUCCAUCCAUUUUCCUGGAUUCAGCUAUUCAAGCGAUUGCUGAUGGAGGUUUGCUGUUGGUAACUGCUACAGAUAUGGCAGUUUUGGCUGGUAAUUCGCCUGAAACAAGCUACACUAAGUACGGAGCUAUUUCGCUGAGGAUCAAAAGUUGCCACGAAAUGGCACUUAGGAUUUUACUGCAAUGUAUCGAAUCACAUGCGAACAGAUACGGUAAAUACAUCGAACCGCUGCUGUCCCUUUCAGUCGAUUUUUACAUUAGGGUGUUUGUAAGGGUGCAUUCGGGACAGUAUAAAUGCAAAUUUAGCACUAGUAAAUUGUCUCAUGUUUACCAAUGCACCGGUUGUGAUAGUUUCACCCUCCAACCUCUAGGAAUUACUAAAGCUAACGAAAAAAAUAGUAAUUUGGUCAAAUUUAAAAUCCCUACUGGACCUUUUGUGGAUAGAAAGUGCGAACACUGCAAUCAUCCACACCAUAUGGGAGGGCCGAUAUGGUCAGCACCUUUACACUCUCCCGAUUUCGUGCAGCAAGUUUUACAAAUGGACAUGGAUAAGUUGAAAACAUUCCGUAGAAUGCAGGGUAUUUUAACAGUUAUUUCCGAGGAACUAAUCGAUGUACCUUUGUAUUAUACUCUUGAAAAGCUGUGCGGUACUCUUCAUUUGGAGACCCCGCAAAUGAACACGAUCCGUUCGGCUAUACUUAACGCUGGCUACAGGGUGUCGUUUUCGCACAUGAAUAAGACUUCGAUAAAAACUGACGCUCCUACAAAAGUAAUAUGGGAUAUAAUGCGUUGUUGGGAAAAGUCGCACCCGGUGUCAAAAAAGAGGCUUCUAGAAGGAACACCUGUUGCAGGGAUAUUAUCAAAACCAGCUGAUAAAGAGUAUAGUUUUAAUAUGCACCCCGAGGCUAAUCCACCGUCUAGGAAGUCGGGAAUUUUAAGGUUCCAGGAAAAUCCUCUGCCAUGUUGGGGUCCUGGAUUCAGAAACACAGCCAUGAUCGGUGACCAAACGAAUCCUAAGAGUAAAAGGAAUCAAGGGAAACGAAAAAGAGACACAUCGAACGAUUCUUCAAAAGAAAUUGAAGCAAAAUAG